CUCCCCGCCUCCACCGCGAACAGCUGCUGGGGACAGAGGAAGAGGAAGGGGUGGAGCUGCUUUGCGGCUGGUUGCCGAGCUGUCAGCCGACUGCAGCGGGACUAAUCUGGCAUCUCUAGCGCGGCCCCCGGCCUUGAGGCCAGCCAGGGCUUAGACUGGCGGGGCCGGCACAGGCGGACCAGCCCGGUCUAGAACCCUGGCAUGCCCCACCACGGAGUAACUGUUCCUGGCCGAGACCACCCCAGGUCCGGCCGGAAGCAGGGAUCAAACAGGUCCUGGGGGGCCCCCAGCCUGGGGCUCUUGUUGAUGGCGCUGGCGCUGACCCUGCCCGACUCUCUGGCUCUCUGGACCCCGGCCGGGGCCCACCCUCUUCCCGCCCAAGACCAGCCUGCCAGGUUCAGUCGCAUAGUGCCACACCUCCGGAACACCUUUGGAUGGUGGAACCUCACCUGUCCAGCCUGCAAAGGCCUGUUCACCGCCAUCGAUUUUGGACUGCAGAAGGAGCCCAAUGUGGCCCGGGUUGGCUCCCUGGCCAUCAAGCUGUGCAAGCUGCUGAAGAUAGCACCGCCUACUGUUUGCCAGUCAGCUGUCGAGCUCUUUCAGGACGACAUGGUAGAGGUGUGGAGACACUCAGUACUGAGCCCAUCUGAAGCCUGUGGCCUGCUCCUGGGCUCCACCUGUGGACACUGGGACAUUUUCUCACCUUGGAACAUCUCUUUGCCAGCUGUGCCAAAGCCAUCCCCCCAGCCGCCCAACCCCCCAGCCCCAGGUGCCCCGGUCAGCCGUGUCCUCUUCCUCACUGACCUGCACUGGGAUCGGGACUACCUGGAGGGCACAGACCCUGACUGUGAGGACCCACUAUGUUGCCGCCAGGGUUCUGGCCUACCACCCCCCUCCCGCCUCGGUGCUGGAUACUGGGGCGAGUACAGCAAGUGCGACCUGCCCCUGCGGACCCUGGAGAGCCUGUUGCGUGGGCUGGGACCCGCCGGCCCUUUUGAUAUGGUGUACUGGACAGGAGACAUCCCUGCCCACAAUGUUUGGCACCAGUCUCGCCAGGACCAGCUGCAGGCCCUGACCACCGUCACAGCCCUUGUGAAGAAGUACUUGGGUCCAGUGCCUGUGUACCCUGCUGUGGGCAAUCACGAAAGCACACCCGUCAAUGGCUUUCCUCCCCCCUUCAUAGAAGGCAACCACUCUUCCCGUUGGCUCUAUGAGGCGAUGGCCAAGGCAUGGGAUUCCUGGCUGCCUGCUGAAGCCCUUCAUACCCUCAGAAUUGGGGGGUUCUAUGCCCUUUCCCCGCAUCCUGGCCUUCGCCUCAUCUCUCUCAAUAUGAAUUUUUGUUCCCGUGAGAACUUCUGGCUCUUGAUCAACUCGACAGAUCCCGCUGGACAGCUCCAGUGGCUGGUCGGGGAGCUUCAGGCUGCUGAGGAUCGAGGAGACAAGGUGCAUAUAAUUGGCCAUAUUCCCCCAGGGCACUGCCUGAAGAGCUGGAGCUGGAAUUAUUACCGAAUUGUAGCCAGGUAUGAGAACACCUUGGCUGGUCAGUUCUUUGGCCACACCCACGUGGACGAGUUUGAAGUCUUUUAUGACGAGGAGACUCUGAGCCGGCCGCUAUCUGUAGCUUUCCUGGCACCCAGUGCCACUACCUACAUCAGCCUUAAUCCUGGUUACCGGGUCUACCAAAUAGAUGGCAACUACCCCGGGAGCUCUCGCGUGGUCCUGGACCAUGAGACCUACAUCCUGAACCUGACGCAGGCGAACGAGCCAGGAGCCACUCCGCACUGGCAUCUCCUCUACAGGGCCCGAGAAACCUACGGACUGCCCAACGCUCUACCUGCUGCCUGGCACGACCUGGUAUACCGCAUGCGGGGCGACACGCGGCUCUUCCAGACCUUCUGGUUUCUCUACCAUAAGGGCCACCCGCCCUCUGAGCCCUGUGGCACUCCCUGCCGCCUCGCUACUCUGUGCGCCCAGCUUUCCGCCCGUUCGGACAGCCCUGCUCUGUGUCGGCACCUGGUGCCUGAUGCCAGCCUUUCCGAUGUCCAGAGUCUGUGGCCCCGGCCACUAUUUUGCUAGCACGGAGCUGGGAGAGCAUGUGUCUUAGGAAGCGAACAAACCCCCCAGAGGGCCGCUGUGGUGAGAAGGUCGGUGGUAGAGCCUAUCCUGGGCCUUAAGCAUCCCCGGGGAAGCAGCACCUUCUCCAUUCUUGGUGCUGGUUUGGCAAGACACACAGCGGGGUUGGCAGCUCUGACUGAACCCAGCAUCUAGGCUGCCCUGGGGCUGUUGUCCUUUCAGAUAUGGAGCAGAGGUUUCAGUUGGCAUUGCCCUGGGCAGACCAGACAGGAGCUGUGGCCCCAUGCCUGUGCUGGCCAGACAGGACACAGUACUGCUGCUGCUGCCUGACUGCCAGGCUGUUAAAAUAAAGCUAGAGACUUGGACUCCAGA